UGAUUGGCUGACGCCUGACAUUGCCGUACAUGGUAAAAGAGAUUUCGCAAUCCUCUCCUCUCCAUGUUCCAAACAAAAACACUCAGAGCUCACACAGACGGGAUUUAACUUCAACUUUCUUACUGUUACUUUUUACACUUUGACGGAUGGUUCCCCCCACCGCGGCACCGUGAAGGCUCCAUCGAGGUGAAGAUUCUGUUCUCUGCGUCCUGUCCCUGAUUCAUCUGUACACCUGAGGAGACUCAGAAAUCAGUACCUGCAGGCAACACAUCCUAAUGAGCCGGCCGUCGCAGGCGAAGUUAAACACAACUGACCACAACGGCGUGAGCGUCAUCCAGAGCCAGGCCCACGCCACCUACACCACGUCCCUGCCGGCAGGCCUCGCCGGACCGCAGCAAGUCCCUCAACUCAUCCCAGCAGACCCUUUAGAAGAAGGCGACAACGCCCUCUCACCCAGCGAGAUGAAGAAGCCUUCCGCAGACAAGGACAGCGAUGAGUACCGCCAGCGGCGUGAACGCAAUAACCUGGCGGUGAAGAAGAGCCGCAUGCGCAGCAAGCAGAAGGCGAUGGACACUCAGCAGCGCGUCAACGAGCUGAAGGAGGAGAACGAGCGGCUGGAGGCCAAGAUCAAACUGCUGAGCAAAGAGCUGAGCGUGCUCAAAGACCUCUUCCUGGAGCACGCCCACAACCUGGCUGACAAUGUCCAGCCGCCAUCAGGUGGUGACGGCACCAGCCCCGCCCCCAACAAUGCCUCUACUAAUGGGCAGUGAGGGGGCGGGGCAACAUGGACGUUUGUAUUUAAGAAUCCGGCUGCAGCUUUUCUAAAAAACUCCUGUCACUUUGAAACGUGGAGUCACAUCUUCAUCUUCCUCACAGCACUUCUUUGUUUAUUACUUCAUUUCUCAAAGCUCCUCCCCCCCUCCCCUCAGCCAUAACGUCUCUCUGAGUUCCCAUAAUCCUCCUGGGGACUUGUCAUUCGCAGUAGUCCUAUGAUUCCAUUAAUACAGUUUGAAUGAUUUUUACCAAACGUUCUGAUUCAUUGACAUUUCCACUCAGAGUGUUUUUAUGCAGUUCCAGUCUGAUUCUCUGAGGUGACUUUAAAACUGAAUCUCACGCAGACUCAGUGAAGCAGAGAUCAUCAGCAGAACAGACUGUCAUCCGAGGUGACGUCAAACUAAUUCAGCAUGCUCUUGAUUGGAGGACUGUGAGGAGACCCCGUCCAUCGUUCAGGAUUCACAGAGUCAAUCUGAGAAACUGAACCAGCGGACGUCUGUAGGAACCAGAACACUCCUCCUGUUUCCUCUUCCUGGUGGCUCUUUUUAGAAGCCGGACCGGCUGGACGUUUGACUCACCUCCCUGCAGCGCUGCAGCUAACGGAUGUGGAUGUAAAUUAAUGAAAUUCCCUUUUUUUAGGAUGUGUAUUUUCUUCUGUUAUUCUACAAAGAGUUUUUAAAAUGUCUAGUUAAAGAAACUGUGGAGAGAGUUUUGUAAGUUCACUACAUGUUGAUGUUUCAAGGACAGUUCUGGUUUUUCAGAGUUUCAGCCUUCAUUCAAUUGAUUUUAAAGAGUCUGUAUCAACACUGAACGUCUUUAGGUUUGCAGAGCAUCCACACGUAUUUUUAAAUCAACACAGAAGUUUAAUCUCGCUGUGAGAUACGAGCUGAUUCCCAGGAAACACAGGGUUGUCCUUAACGCGGCUGAUUGUUUUUGAAUCGAGUACUUUUAAUGUUUGUGUCUGAGUCAGUCGGUUAAGGUGGAAUUUUAUUCACAAUCUGGGUCACUGGGUCAUGUAUGAAACUGAUGUAGCUGCACAGACAGCUCGAACUGUAAGAGCUGCAAGUACAGCAUCCUGAUCACUUUGAAGCAGUUAUCGCUGCUUAAAAAGAAUCAACUCUUAGAUCAUUAAAGGCGAUUGAUUCGUUUGAAAUAGACCCAAAUUUACACGUCUUAAAGAAAUCAAAGAUGAUCUGUUCUGAUCUGAUCUGUUGAUCCAUUGGAUGAAAAAAUGUCACACAAGAUAAUAAGAUAAAUUCAGAGUCCGUUAAAUGAUCCGUUGAUUUUAAACAUCAUCUUGUGUUUGGAGAGUAAAUUCAAAUCGACCAAAGCCCCGGGUUUAUCUGUUUAAAAAACAAAGACAAAGUGAUCUCUGAGUUCAUGACUCCACCAAAUCCCACCACCCAGCGCCUCCACCUGGAGGUCCUUCUCAGUCCAGACAGGUGGAGGUGUUUGUGGUUGGGGUCUGACUCAGACACCUCAUGUGUCAGACACUUAACGGCGAGCUGCAGCUUUAGUUAAAUCCACGUUUUAAAACCGGGACAGGGUUUGUUAAGCGGCCUUUAAUGAGUUGAGAGCAGAUCUGGACAGGCGUCCUUCACCCCCCCCCUUCAGCACACCACAAAGAGGGGCGUGGCCACCGCCUGUGUUGUUAUCAGACUUCAUAAUUAUGUGAGCUUUGUGCGGGUGUGGGGUGUUUGUGAGGAGCUUCACCUCCCUCCAGGAAUGUGGUCUGUCUGAGUCCUGCUGCUCCGCUCAGCUCGACGUUCCCACAACGCCCCCCCAAUAACCUUCCUACAGCGUUCCCCAAAUGUUCCCAGAUAGUUCCUUCACUGUUUCUAUCAAACUGUCGACUGUAGUCAAACUCUUAUCAAAUUACAAAAAGUAUGUCUGUCACACUGUUGCAGACUUUUUUUGUUUUCAUAUCUCUGUCUUCAGUUUUACAGAUUUAUUGUGUUCAGAAAUCUGGAACUGUUUUCUUCAUACGAUCCAGCAGGUUGAUGUUCUGACUACAAUACCCAGCAGCCCCUGCUUCUGAACCCAGUUACCCUGCAUUUAUGCUCUCCUCAGAUGGUCCUUAAACCAGAGUUAAUGUUUUAUCACUCAGAACUGAUGUCAACUCACAGCCUCAACCUUUACUACAACAUAUAAACCACCUAUAAAGUUAACAUGCUCUACUUUAGAUUCAUAUUUUGGCUCCAGAUUGAUCAGGUAUUGUUGGGCUUUGGAGGCAAACACACUGUGGGAUUUGUAGUUCAAUGAUCUCAUGUUAGAAAUAGAAACAUUUCGACUCCAAAAGCAACUUUUCUAUUAUUCUGAAUUUUCCCCAAAAGAAUUGUAUCCAAAAAUCCGGUUGGUUCAGAUAUCUGAAAGCAUCUGAGGCCAGUUAAAUUGUAGAUCCUGUCAAUCAGUGAAUUGAAACUUCAGUGAAACACGUCCUAACGUUGUGGGAACGUCCCGGCCCGCUGUCUGAGCUGCACAUCACACAGCCUUCUUCUUUUCCUCUUUUCCGUUGUGUUGUUUUCUAAAGUCUAAUUCCAAAAAGCAGCAUGUUUAUGGAGAAGUCUUUGCAUGAUAGAGGGGCGGGGGGGGGGGGUCACUGUGUGUGUGUGUGUGUGUGUGUGUGUGUCUGCUAAAUGUUCUCACUGCACUGAGAGAAAAAGACAAGUUGUGUUUGUGGAGUGAAUCAGGAAACAGAUUGUUGUCGUGUUGGGAUGUCUGUCGUGUUCUGCUUCAGUCUGAAUGUUGCUGGGCAGCAUUUUUCUGUCGUCACUCUGUCGGCUUUUUUAUAUCAGAGGAAUCUGGGCUAACGUGCAUUCUAAAUUAAAAUGAGAUAUAAAAGUUCAA